AUGAAUAAUAAAGUACUUUUGAUUUUGAUUGCCACAUUUCAGGUAAUUGUAAAACAGUCUUGUAUGCCUUUCUUGAUGUAAUAGUUUUCAUAUCAACUUGCUGUAUUCAGACUUCCUGUAUCAGAGGCUUGGAGGACACGUGUGAUGCAAAAAGUGGAAAAGACUGUCAAAUGUCAGAAUCAACGGAGUCCUCGGAAAACGACGACAGCAUGGGACAAUGUGAGUUCUUGACAAUCUGUACGCAUUAAGGUUCAUUGUUUUGCAUGUUCGUUGCCAGAGAAAAUCCCUUUAUUCCUUUUUACUAUAGAUUAUAAAACAGUUAAGCUUAAUCUUUAUCAAACUACAGCAUGCAUCUAGAUAAAAUGAGAUACUGUACGUCAUUGUACAUUGCAAAAUAACUGUUGCCUCAUGGAUGGAUCAGUACUGCAUGAGUAUUGGUGUUUACACAAACAACCUCCCCAGCGUGCAAAGAAAUUAAAUUAGUGUCCGAUAUAGCCCGGGGCUAGUGGAUUUUGUUAUCGGGCUAGUGAAUUCUGUUUUUAACUUGCCUGAGGGGAAAGUGAUAUCUUUUGAAGAAUUCGAAUAACAGAAGAACUGUGAAAUCCAUUUUGCUAGUCAAAAAGUUUUGGGGCUAGUUGAAAUGACGUCUGAUCUAGUAAAUGCUAGCUUCAUCUUGCUUGAAUGGCAAGCUGUAAAAAUGAUUUUCUUUGCACCCUGCUCCCCUCAGAGAUCAAAACCUGCCUGCCUGAAGAGGGCUAGCGCGAAGGCCCAAUAAUCAGUCCUCCACUUUCGGAUGUACACCAAUGGCACAAAAAAACAAGUUUUUGGUGGUGUGCCAUCUUUCUGCUGAAAGAAGUCAAAUGCUAUAACUCCCACUUCCUAUAUAAUCCAGGUAAAACCUGUACACCACUGCCUCUGGAUUGCCAGGAAGAGUUCAGUUCUCACUUCUUGCUCUAAUCUGGAAAGUGAGAGUCAAGAAUUAAGUGGCCUGGUGUAUUUUGUAUGAGUAGUGCAAGUUGUAAAACAAUGUUAAACAUUUGUGUAUUUAUUCAUUCAAGUAGUGAAAGUGUGAUUCAUGUGGGUGAAAUAAGAUGAGGCAACGCUCGAAAAAACUUAAAUUUCAGCACCUCCUUGGGGCAAGCAUCUCUUAUGUUUUGCUUGCCUGGUGCAACUACUUGCUUGUUUUAGCUAAUAAUUUAGUUGGAGGAUGACUUGCCAGCAGCCUUGCCCAUCUGACAACUGAGCUAACAGUUACUUGCCUUGCAAGAAAAACUGCUUGCCCCUUCCCAACAAAGUUGCUUACCAUUAGGGAUAACAAGCAUUUGAGUGGUUCUAGUUAGUUAGAGGACCUUAUCAAAUGCUGUGCAUAUACAACUCCUAUAAAUUGUGCAUCUAGAAGAUAAUAUUGUGACCAUCACCAGUUUUUCCCUGUGUAGGUGCUGGAGAAGGGGAGAGUAAAAGGAUGCACCAUAACGCUUUCAAAAUGAGUUGUUUAAUUAGGGGGUGUUUACAUGACACCGGGGCGACUUUCGUCCCAAGCAAGUUCACUCCAGUUCCCUCUCAUGGCUCUAUUGUUUACAUGAUACCACCACGAAAUGUUAUGCCAGCACAAAUCACUCCGGCGUGAGUUCCGGUUCUUGUACCAGGGCAAGAAUUUCAGUCCGGUACGAAAUCUCGCAACGGUAUCAUGUAAACGCGAAACGACCACCCAUUUCGGUGUGAAAUCGGUCUGCUGGCAGACUGGAACAGGUAGCACAUGCGUAAUGUUUGCGAUUUUGAACCACAUGUGUAUUUUAUCAGCAUGAAAUGUACCGUACCUUUAAAUAACAAGAUAUGAAAUGACCCAGUCAUCAUGUAAAUGCGAUACGAAAUCAAAAAGUCAUCCCAGUAUGAAACUUGUGUGGGCACGAGUUUUCUCAUGUAAACACCCCCUUAGCUAACAAAAUGCUAGAUAAAUGAUCCAAACAAUGUCCCAAAAACAAGAGCCUGCACCACAGAUGGAACUAAACUUCUGGUUAAACCUGUUUAGUAUAUAUUCCAGAACAGUCACUGGUAGUGUUUUUUAGGCACUUUUAUUGGCUGCUUAAACUCUGGAUAUUCAGUGCUAUUCAUUGAUUCACCUCCAGCUUGCGUAAGUUACGAGCAAAAUGGCUUCCCGUUUAGCUGCUGUAACGAACUAAGAAAUUAAAUUUCACAAAUAAUCAAACAAGUUGUUCCCAAAAUACAUGAAGAAGGUGACGGAAUUUGGUUUGAUGUUUUAACAGGUAAAGCUUUGUCCGCUUGACUUGAAUUUAUUGAUGAAACUGGUGAAAAAGUUUUUUGUUUACAAAUGCAAAUAAGGUCUUGCAUUACUUUAUUUAACUGACAUGUUCAUAAAUAAGCUUAAAACUAGAUUUAAUAGUCUUUUUUUUACAGAAUGGUUUCAAAUGCAAAAAGAAGUCAUAACUCUUUUUGAAGAAAUUUCCCUGCAAGAACUAAAGAAAUGCCUUCAAAAGUUUUAUUUGUCAGCAAGGAAACAUGACGGCCGCUCAGUCAUUGCGUGCCAAAUUUUUCAAAGUGUUGGCAACAGUAAAUGAGUUAAAAAUCAUCAUUUUUGUGCUCAAUUAUGUCACUGUUUUAUCAUAUACUAAAACACUUCACCAAAAUGGAUGGAUCAAUAUUUACCUCACCGCUUUGCAGCUUGGUAAAUAGGCACACCACUAGCCACCUCCACUUUGAUGAAUAAUAGGCGGAUUUAGCAACAGAAUGGGAACGUCAUUUGACGACGGGAAAAUGCCCAGUUAGGACUAAACUCGACUUCCGGUGCCCAAUUUGCCGCUGUACCAUUUGUCAAGCCAGUCGUUUGAUUUCCACGUGCUGUCAUCAACUGAUGUUCCCGUUCUGUUGCUAAAUCAGCCUAAUAAUCUAUGAAAGAGACUUGGCAAUAUCCUUGUUCUGGGGCCCCACCAGCGUACAAGGUUUUUAUUACACACCAUGAUUGGCCUGUUUAAAAGCCAUUGUCAAUUUACCAACAGGUUGAAUGGAAAUUCGGAGUGCAUUUCCCGUAAUUCAUUGAAUCCGUUGUGGGCCUAGAACAAAGAUGUUGGCACUGCUUUGCAGACAUUACUAACUAGGCUUAGAUUAUCUAUGCAACACAGGUUAAAAAACAAAAGCAUGAGCGUUUUCAAAGUCCAAAGAAAAUACAGGUUUCUAAGAGGUUUUCAAAGUCUAAAGAAAAUACAGAAUUCUAAGACCCCUGUUGGUCCGGGAGUAAAACAUUUCCUUUUUCAAAGAUCUACUCUCAACCAUCCACCUUCCGCUGGUAACUUAUCAGUACUAACUCACCAUCUUUUCAAACCCUCAGAAGUUUGUUUGUUGUUGUUACAAAUAAUGAUGGACAUCCAUCACCACUCUUCAGUGAAAUUUUAACAAUUAUGUGGAGUUUAUGUUUUGUAAUGUUUCCCUCUAUAGAUAUUUGUUCAAGCAAGAAGGAAACUUCUUUUCCAGAAACAUUAGAGGGGUUUGGGUAUCAGUUCAAUGCAGGUUGGUAAAUAUCGAGUUAUUUGCAGGGCUGUCACUAAAGGCUGGGAACCAGCAAUUCCCCCUACCCCCGGCUACUAUGAGCUUGAUUCCUUGACACUUUCUAGAAAACCAAAGGAUAAUGAAACAAGAAGAACUUCCUAGCUGUUUAUUUCCCUGUCCACUAACUGCAUACAUUUACAUGCAACAACUUGAAAUCUUAGUGUCAGUCCCGAGUUUCUGUUUCCAGACGAUAAUUGUCCUAGACCACAGGGUCAAACUCCCUGUGCCAUUCACAAUUCCAUCUGUGUUUGUGUUUGCAGAAGAAAAUAGUUAUUUUAUGAGUCAAGGAACAAGUGCAAAUUUUGUACUUUUUUCACAGAAGGACAGAUGCGGAACCUAGAAACUGGUGAGCCAUUCAAAUUUGAAGUCAAAGAAGGUGACAGAGCCUAUAAUCAAAAACAUUAUGAAGCACUUGGAGAGGUAGGAUCUUGGAUAGUUCAGAUGAAUUAAACAUCAUUCAUUGGCAUCUUCACUGAUGAUUUAUUCUUUAGAGGCUUUACAGGAUAAGGUUAAGUCAUAGUUCUGGGGUUUUGAUAAAUUUUAAGUUCAUGUAGGUUUUAGGUAGGUAGGAGCAAAGGAGGUAGCAUUUAAGACCAUUCUUGACAAGUAAGCAUAUAGUUGAAGAUAAGGGCAAAGUAGCAGAUGUUUCACAACAGAAACAGACUCCACUCUCAGAAUGCUGGAAACUUCAUUUCCAAGACUGUCCAGCACUUUCAUGAACAAAUCUACAAGUACUCUCAAACCCCUGUAGCUUAGGACCCAAUGAAACAUUUCGGUCAAAUGUUUUUACCUGUUAUAUCAGGGCUCAAAGUUUAAAUUUGAGUUUGGGAGCACUUGUGCUAUCAGGUGUAAAUUUUUAGGCGUACUGCUGAAAUUUCAGGUGCACAGCUGAAAAUUUUAGGAGCACAGCUUAUAAUUUUGGGAGCAUCUAUUUCAAAAGAAAAAGUAAAAAGCUUAACAUUGCCACGCUUAUUUGUCAUCUUCAGUUUGUUACUUUUACUUCAGUCCUGUGAUUGAUAAAACACAGCCGAUUUGCUACGCAGUAAUACCAUUGUGAGUUUUAAUACUAAUUUCUCUUUUUGACAGUACAGUUGUGACUAAAGAAACCUUACACUUGAAAAACAAUUCAAAACUGACAAGAAUGAGUGUCUCAAACGAGAAUGAAAAUUAAUCUUUAAUGAAUUUGUUAAAUGCGCAAUGACUUACUUGUAACUGGAAUACGACUUAAAAAACUUUCUUACCUGGAAAAAAAGGCUCUUAAUCCGCACUGUUUUUGUUUUGAUUGACGUUAAAACUGAACGUUCGACAUGAUCAUCCAUUGCGCAAAAAGUACGUGUUUCGUUCGUAGCAUAUAUUUGCAUGUGUCCGCGGUGUUUAUUACAAAACAGAAGAGUCUGGGAUGGAGUAAAACAUCGAAACGAAAAAGAACAUUCGAGUUUGUAGAAUCCAUUGGGAGAAAAGACCAAUUAAACAUACACCGUCUUUCUAGUCGAAAGUAGGUCAGUCGCACUGUGCUUUGGGUUUUACAGUGCAUAGGUGCAAUUACACAUGAAUUUUUAGGCGCACAACCAAAAAUCCAGUCGCAUAUGCGGCCAGUCAGUCGCUAACUUUGAGCCCUGGAUAUAAGAAGGCCUUAGUCAUCCUAGAAAUUUGCCAUAUAUUGAAAUGUUGUAGGUACUUCAAACCCCCCACCUCCCCCCCUCUUAUGUACAUAUUUAUUGUGUGUAUAAUGUAUUUCAGCUGACUGACUGAUCACUUUGUUGAUGUGAUGUUCCUUGACCUGUGUUUUGUAGGUGAUUACUGAGUAUGUUUACAAAUUACUGGAGGAAGAGGUCAAGCUAAAGAAGCAUUUUGUUCCUGUAAGUGAAAUGAGAGUGCCUUAUAAGAUAAUACAUGCAGCUGUGUUGGAUCUGUGGCUCAGUAGGCUCUUAUUAUAGCCAAUCAUGGGGGCAUGAAGUACACAGCGCAGAAAGCUGAACCAAGGUCAAAACAGAAAACGAUGGGGUAGGGGGUGAGGGGAAAGGGCAGUGAGAAGAAUCACUUGCAUUCAACCCCUUGAGAGUUUUGAAACUAUGUCCAAAAAGUAGACAUAGCAAACGGCAUUCCUGAUUGGCCAACAGAAUGUCAACCUGUCAGCGGUUGUCAGAUUCCCAGUGGAUACAAACUUUAAAGGAGUACUGUCGGUUGUAAUGCAGCUUGCUGCAUCUAACCUGAUUUGUGUUCGCUUAAAGAAAAAUAUUCAUCAUCAGUAUUUGACGCAUCAAGUAGAAGUUCUGCAGCCAUCAGUCGCUUUGUGUGAACUUUUGCUUUUGUCCUAUGAUGUGUCAGUAGUCAACAUUUGUUUCUUCAAAUGAGACUUUUGUUUAAUAUUCAAUAUUUUUAUCUGAUAGUGAAACAGUUCAACAAUCCAAUUCUGACAAACAAAAUUAUUUCCUAAAUGCUGAUGAAAAAUUAAAUGGUCAUAAACAACAAACCUAUGGCCUGACAGUUUUUGGCUGGUGUUAGACCUCAAAACAUGUCAAAUCACGUGUAAGCCAAACACCUCCUUUCAAAAGACUGGAAUGGGCAUUUCAAAAAUCUCACGGGGUUGAUUGCAGGCAGUUUUUCUCACUGCCUUCUCCCCUCACCCCCUCCCCCAUUGUUUUCUUUUUCUCCCUCAGCUCAGCUUUAACGCGGCUGAAUCUCUUACCCUACAAACCAGAAAAGAAAAAACAUGCCAAAAAAUCUGCCAGCUACACAGGCUAACCUAGGAAGGUUCCCUGUGACAAAGGGUCAGUGCUUUUAAAAGGGGCUGUCAUGGUUAUUUAGUUCAAUUUGUUAAUAAUGCCAAUUAUAUUGCCUGUCUUUAUUCCCUAUGGAACUUAAGAAAUUUCUUGUAAAUUUCAAAAUCACAGCUUUCAUGUCAAACAUAUAACAUUAUCUCUCCCAAUCAGUAUAUCAAAUGUUACCAAAACCACAAAAAUGAACCGUGAAAAACUAUAUAUUAGGCUGACAAGUUUUCACAAAAUCACAACUACAAUCCAUUUCAAUCUUGUUCAAGUUUGUCCAUCCUCUUCUAUUUGCUGUGUUAUUGGUACCUUCUUUUCACGCUCUGAGCAGAUGUUAUUGUUAUGUUUCAGUCAGUUUAGGCAGCUCCAGCUAUUAGAAUUUAGAAAAAUUUUGUGAUAGAGCUCCUUUAAAAUGCCUGCCCAGCUUCCCAACCUUUUUUAUGGCAGAGGAAAAAAAAUUUUGACUUCAGCAACUCACUAGGGGAUUCUAAAAAGUUAUUUUGUCUUUUAUUUCCCCACUGACCCAGCACCCCAGCCAGUUUCUUUCUCAACUAACCCCUUCAAUCAUUCACUUAUUCAUAUAAGCACAGCUUUCGGUUAUUUUUUCGUAUUACUGCUUUUUCGAUUUUUUUAAUUUUUCUUUUCUAUGGCUCACACUGUGCCCUAACCCACAUAAACCUGUCUGCAUACUGAAUUUUGCACCUUUUGUGUGUGCAUGUUGCACUGUACCUCCAUGUAUUGCCCCUGUAGUUAUCCUUUUGAAAUCAUAAAGUCUGUCUUAAUUGUUCUGAACAAUUUAGUUCAUUUUCUUCAGGUUGAUGCAGAGGAAAAUGAAGACAAGAGUUUCUUCUUCAUGAGUGAUGAUGCUUUGACAUGUGACAAGUUGAUGAUUCUUAUUCACGGGAGCGGCGUUGUGAGGGCAGGACAGUGGGCCAGAAGGUUUUUACCAUGAUAUUAUGCAUGCUUAUUUCCUUCAGCUGCUUUGUACAGUGGAACCUUGAUGAAACGAAGGCCCAAGGGACUUGUCAAAUUUGUUUGCUACACAGAGGUUUUUGUUGUAUCAAGGUCUUUCAUAUAUGAUUAUUUUACUAUUACUGGGGUAAGAAAAUCGUAGGUUAUACUUGGGACUUCGUUAUGUAGAGGUUUGUUAUGUUGAGGUUCCACUGUAGUGCCGCCCUUACAGCCAAACAUGCAUUAGGCGGUCACCCUCAGGGAGUGGCCCACUGUCCGCUUGAUACAGGUCGACAGUUUAGUACAGGGUUGGUAAACCUAUGAGUUGAUCAAGAAAAUAAAGCAUAACACAACUCACUGCCCCUGGCUAUUAUUUGAGGAAAUAUGGUAUAAAUUUGUCAUAUGAUGACAACCCCAUUGCUAUAGUUAAAAUGUUAAGUAAGGUAUAUGAUAAACUAUAAUUAAUUUAAAGCUACUGUAGUGGCACAGGAUUCAAAAUUGUUCAACAUUUUGGAAGCUCAACAAAUGACGAGCAAUGUGGUUAUAAGCAUGUUGAAUCAACGGAUAUUUACCCUAAAAAGGUCACCUAGAAUUUACCCCAAAAAGGAGCCUUUUUCUGGCUGAAAGAACAAAGCGGAAAAUUCAGCUAGGUUUUACUAAAAGUUUGAUUUUCAUUGUUCAAAAAGUUGCAAAAACGUUUUUAAAAGUUUGAUUUUCAUUUUCUUAAUUCUUAAUGGUAAUGUUUCUCUGUUCUGUCAAUAACAUUAUCAACACAAUAUUGAAUGGCCUUAAACUUUCAAGAUAUAACAAGUAACUGUUCAACAUUUUGUUGAAUAAGAGUUGCAACUCCUGUUGAAUAACCAAUUUUGAACUGCAGUUAUAAUUAUUGUUGUAACUUGUUAUUAUAAAUAAUUAUUAUUAACCAGGGUGUUCAAUACUUUUUCUGUGUAGGUUAAUUAUCAACGACGAUUUGAGUUGUGGAACAAUGUUGCCAUACAUCAAGAGAGCUAGUGAGGUCAGGCUAAAUCUUUGAACUAUUAAUCCUUUAUAUACUGUUGAAACUCCUAUAAGUUUGAACUGAGAAACACUGAAGCUUUCUACUGUGGCUAAUAAAAAGGACACGGUUUAGCAGUCUUCAUCAUCUUUAUCACUCUUUAAUGAUAAUAUUUCCAAAAUAUUUGAUGCUGCUGUUUUGUUCUGUUGAGGGAAUUAAGUCAUUAUUAGAGACCUUAAGAUUGAAGUUUUCGGCUUUUCUCCAUGAAGUGCAAAUGUCAAGAAGUCAUGUGACCAGAGCAUUGCCGUCAGGUUUGCGGUUUGAGGUUCAUGUUUGUACAGCUUGACCAUUAGGUAAGUAAUUUACCGCAUGGUAAUCUCAAAUUUGAGAUGAAAUACGACUUUUACAACUCUUCUGCUUAUUGAUUAUCAAAUUUUAUUUUAAAAAAAUGUAAUUUUGAAGACAAUUCCUCAGCUAAAAUAGAACAAAGUGGAUUCAUGAAUGAAAACAAACAUGGCAGCCACGAGCAACCACCCGCAAAUUUUAAGUCCCAAAUAUGGGCAGACGGGUAACGUGAAACUGUUAACCGCAAACCAUAGUUUGUUGUUUGCAGUAAAAUGACCCAACCUUGAUCUUAAGGUCUCUAUUAUUUCUGAGAGGGACAGGCAAAAUUACCAUGUUGAUAUCUCCCACAAUCCUUUCUGCCUAUUGAAAUGCAAAUGUCAUAGGCAGUUAAGUGCAGUUAAAGGGACUGGUUCACAAUAAUGCGCAUGUGUGAGUUCUGACAGUAGCUUAUUGUUUUUAAACCAAUCAGAAGCGAGUUAGAUGCACGCAAGUAAAUUUACAAAAUUCAAAUUAAUUGUUCGGGACGCGAGAGUAUUUCCGGGCAUUUGGUUUGAUUUUAUAUAUCCCAAAAAUUCAAGUUACUUUAUUCUUUGUUACUCCUCAGAUAUAUGUUGCAGCCGAUAAGAAUAGGAUUUACAGCCCUGUCCUGCUUUGUUUCAAACUUUUUACCAACGUAUAUUUUUACAAGGUCAUACCCACGCUAACAAAGCAGUCACCGAUCGGUGAACAAAAUUUGUAAACAAACAUUUUAUUACUGUUCUCUCAGUUCGCCUCAUAUAAACCCAGAUAUACCUACAAAUAGCGCCUGACCGGUGACAAAAACAUACAACGUAUGAGCAUAAAGAUUAUCCUUAAUUGAGAAUAAAUUUCAAUUGUUUAUCAGCAAAUGAACAAAUUCAUUCGCGUUGCAUCGAGGGAGUGUUCUGGAAAACAAAUGUAAUCGGGUAGAACACAUAAAGAAACCAGAUUAUAAUCAGAAUAUUCAGGCAAUAAUUUAUUUUAAAACAUCAAUUCUUAAACAUAUACGAUCGUAAAGCAAAGAUACAAGGAACAUUUCAAGUGUACCAGAUCAAUGAAGAUCGCAUGGCCUGUUGCGGUAUUUACAGGAAGGCGGGAGUCAAAAAUCAAUUCAAAGUUGAACGAACUCAUGCCUUUAACCACUUUCCAAGUGUCGUGUAUUCUUUUCGUAAGCCACACACUGCUCCUAGAACCAUACCAGAUCGAUCGGCUAAGCUUCUCUAUCUCCAAAGACUCUUGAGAACGUCCUGUUGCCGGACGGCCACAAUGCUUUUCUGAACCUCCAUGAUUAAAACAUUAUUUUUUGCCUCUUCUUAAAACAUAACCAGUCAAACAACACAACCACACGUUAAUCACCACUACCAAAGUAUACUAGGCCAGCCAAAGCGACCGAUGUCGGAAUAAAGUGAAGGAUUUUCAAUGAUUGUCCCAGUAAUGGCGAUUUGCGAAUUUAGUGUUGACCCGACAAAUUUAUUCUGAAGAGACAAAUGGCACGCAUGCGCAUAAGCGUGAUAGCGUCCCUUUAAUCAGUUAGUCUCCCUUGGGAACUACUGUUGAAGUAGGUUUGAACAGCCUUGGUGGCGACAAGGGGAAGUACCUAUCACAAGGAAAUAGAAUUUCAAAGGGUUUUUUGUCUCUCCUUGUGCCCCUAAGAAAUUACAGACCAUGUUGAAAAAAAUCAUAUAGAAAAUAAUAAUAUCACUAUAACUCUCUGAGCGAAGUGGUAGCAUUAAAAUAAUAGAGAUAAAUACAAUAAAAAAUAAAGUUGAUUUGACUUACAGAAAAGGUUACGACAACUGGUUUAAUCUAAUCUAAUCAUUAUUGUAUUAAUAGAUAAUUUUUUCUUCUUAAACCUUACCUCCAAGGAGGGAUAUGGAGUGCUUAUCACAAAUGGAAAUGAAAAUUAUGUGCGGAAAAACAAGAAAAGAACAACCAUUAGAGUAAGUGCAAAUGAAUGAAUAAAUAAAUUAUUAUCAUCAUCAUCAUCAUCAUUGUUAUUGUUAUUAUUAUUAAUUAUCAUUAUCAUAACAUGUCAGUAGUGUUAUGUUAUAUGUAACAUGAAAACAGUAGAUACCCCUGCAGUUUUGCCAUUAAAAUAAUUUAAUAAUAAUUAAACGUCGCUGCUGCUUUCAAUUUUAUUAUUGAUUACUCUUAAAACAUGUUGAACAGAUCAAGUUCUAUUGUGUGUGUGUUUUUUAUGGUUGAUAUUGUGUAAAAGUAAAAGUGACCUCAUGAGUGAUUCUAAAAGAUAAAUUUACCAUAAAAAGGAGUGCAGUGACUCUUAAUAAAAUACCGCUUUUGAGAUCCUGCAUUUGACUGCAUUUCCUUACCUAACAAAAAGCAAAUAAUUCUUAUUUUUGUUAUUCCAUUUGUUUUUUAAGGGCAGUGAAUCUCCUGAAAGCCACUUUGUCUAUGUUUGUGAGCACUUUAUUUCAAAAGCAGCAGCCCAAAAAAUAGUUGUCGUGGCUCAUAGUUAUGGAGGAGUUGUCAUCGUUGAAGGAGUAAGUGAAUGGUAACUUUAAAUUUUCUUUCAUAUGGUAACAGUUUUAAAGUUUCAUCUUAUCAGCUUGCCAAAGUUUAUUUGAUGUGGGAGCAAUGACUGAUUAAAAUAAGGGUCUGUUAUUUUUUCCGUGACAGUAUUUAUAGCACUAACGCUGGUGGGGCCACCCAAGUUCCUGAAACAAAUAAUUUAACCCAUUAGCCCCUGAACCACCCGUAACUGUCCGUGCGGAUCCACGUCCUUUCUACCCCUUGUGACGUCAUCAGUUUUAACGGUCAAGGACAACUUUGUCCGAUAAUUGGGUAGAGUGAAGAGAUCUUUCAAACCAUACCAGAAUGAGCACAAUUCAGUCAGGGACACCGCAGAAAAAGGCAAAAAAUCAUGUUACAUUGACCUGAAAAUCUCCAUGAAAAUCUUGUUCCAUUGCCAACCUACCUUUCCUUUCACCUAAUCCUAAGAUCCUAAAAGCUUUCCUAAAAACUCUUCCCACCGAAAUGAAGCCUACUAAAUGCCCAGCGAGAGAAAAAAAAAUGAGGCAAGAAAAGCGAAAAAAGAGGGGAGGAGAGAAAGCGAAAAGUAAAAGUCAAGACUGCUGUGUCACUUUUAGACCCAAAAACUGUCUUGAAAUUUUGCUAAUCUGUGCAUGCCCGAACUUCGCAAGCUGAUAUUUUGCAUCUGGAUCAGAGGAAGCCGUGAAGUGUACGACCUGUAAAUGGGUUUGUGUAAGUUUUAGCUCUUUAUAGCUCGACAGUGACCAGAAAACCACUCAAAUAGCUUCAAAAUGCAUUUUUCAGCAAAAUCUCCAGGCCAUGCAGUGAAGCACGAAAGAAAUAUUGGACACACCAUUGAGUUGUUUAUCAAAGGGCACACAAUUUCACUUUUCAGCAUUUCGAACAUUGUUUCUGUCUGAAGCACUUUACUAGGCCAUGAGUGAAAAACAAAAGGAAUUUUAUGAUUCCCUGGUUAAUUUGAAAGAAAAAUACUCAAUCUUAAACUGGUGGUGAUUGUUUAUCUUUCCUCCUAAACAAGGUCACAAAAUGAGCAGUCUUAAUCUUGUUUUGAAAUGAACAGGGUAGGAAUAAAAUGGACAGUUUAUAUACAGCAUCUUAAAGAUGGUAAAGAUUUAAAGGCGUCUGUAGCACCUCCCUACCCAGGUGUCCAUUAGAGCACCCCCCUCCCCAAGGUUCUUCCUUUCAAAGGUGUUAUACAUGAUUGAGCGGCACUGCAUUUGAAGCAUGCAUCAAUUAGGAAUUUUUUUUCUACUCCAGCUGCAACAAUGUAAAGGACUACAAGAAAAGGUGAAAGCUGUUGCAUUUACAGAUUCUGUGCACAGUCUGGUACACCAAAAGGCAAACAGGAAGUUUAUCAAGUGGAUGAGAAAGGUCAGAACAACAGAUAAAGUGCAUUUUAUUUGUGACUCUUUAGUUCAAAAUUCCUUUUUGUGAAUGUAAAAGGUAGUAACUUGUGAAAGUACUACAUAGGUUUCUUUUGAAUGAUUAUACCAUUGGCCAUGUUAAGGAUAAUGAUUAUUUUGAGACUCUAGGUUAUGUUGUAAAAAGUUUUAGGUAAGUAAUAGUAACAUCACCAUGAUCUUUAUAUAAGGUUUGGUUAUUUUUCCAGGUUUAGUCAUGUGUAUGUGUUACGAAACAGUUAGGAGAGCAUGAUUGAAGUUUCUUAGGGGUUUGCUUAAUUUACCACUAAGAGAUAUAGAGUAUAUUUUAUGGCGACGCAGAGAUACGAAAUUUCUCUUCAAAUGUUGAACAAUAGGCAAACGGGGGAAAUAUUUGUCAACACAAGAUGAGAAUUUUCCUAUCUCCAAGCGGCCAUAUGUGAUGUUAUAUUUAUUAUUAUAAACACCAUUAAAAUACCAAAAUUUGAUUUUUAUGAGUUGAACAAAUGGAGAAUAUUCAAUUGUUAGCUUACCACUUUCUACUUGUUUUUUAUUUUUUUUUUCCUCUUGUUUAAAUAAGAUUGACAGGAAGCUUCACAUUUUACUCAUUCAACUCAAAAUAGAAGGUUUUGAAUUCUUUUUUUGGCUUGACCUAGUCACUCAAAAUGUCAUUGGAACAGUGAAUUGCACCAUGUGAUUCAUCCUAGAUAUUAUUGUCCUAUUUACUAUGCAGAAUUCUUGUAACUGGGUGUCUUCUGAUCGUCCUUUGGAUACUCCUAUUCAGUCCUUGUAUAAAGGAGCAGAUUGUGAUUUGGUGUCAGCUGGUAAGAUUUGAUCAGAAUGCUUUUGCAAAAACUAUUUCAUAAAUAAAUAAAUUAAGUGUUUAUUAAUAAACAAAUAAGUCGACUAAUCAAUGAACAAACAAGUGAAAACUAAGACGUUUAUUUAGUAAGGGUACCACUUUAAACUUAAACACUGACAAACUUGCUGGCCUCCCCUAGAUUACAAUAGAAACUAGAUUUCAGGUAUAUUGGCAAUAGUAUCCCCCAUACUCCUACAUGAGUUAUUGCGAUAAAACUUUGUACACCAAAAGAAAUCAAAUGGAGUAGAAAACGCCAGUACAAGGAGGAGUAGGAGUAAAAAGAAAGCCAGCAAAAAAAAAAAGAAAGAAAGAAAAGUACAUUUUAAAAAAUGAAUGAAUGAAUGAUUGAAUGAAUAAGUGAAAGAAUAAAUAAAAAGUUGAAUAAACAAAAGGAUUAGUGAUUACAUGUCAAAUUAAUAUUUUACCCAUAUCCUAUAGGAGAUGGUAAAACCUUUUUAAUUUUCUUGAUAAUUUAAUAGUCAAUAAUAGCCUGUUCAUACUAUGCUUAAUGUGCUUGUUUGUAAGUUAGGGUACAGGCUUGGACUUGAAUGAUCAUAUUGUGAUUUCUAUCUCACUCUCUUUCCAGGCACAGUAAGGCAUGAGCUCACUUCACAUUUUGCUUUUGAUUCGGUCUUCAAGUUCUUUGACGAGAAGAUAAAAUUAGCCGCAAAUACUGGGUCAGAUGUCUCAGAAGAUAGUGAACAAGAGGGAGAUGCCAGCUCACAGAAUAAUAUGGACUCUGCUGAAGAUCCAGAAAAACCUUCUGCUAACAACAUGGAUGCUUCUGUAGAUCCUGAUGAAAAACCAUCAGAAAACAAGAAGGAUUCCGGUGCCGAUGACGUAGAUGCCAACUCCCAGACCAAGGGGGACAACCCUCAGAGUCAACCUGAUGACUCUCAAAUGGAGACUGACAUCUAAGCAAUAAGCAAUAGUUGAUUUCUCACGAAAAUAGUAUAUAAAGUUAACUUAUUACUUCACAGACAGGUCAGCUCUCCUGGUCAGAUUGUUUCAGGGUACAUCAGGGCACGGUAUGAACUGCAAACUGAGAAAGAGAAAGGUGAAGGAUAGGAUCCGUUUGGGUGGGGUCAUGUUGGAGGCUACUAACAGCUUUUCCCCCAGAAGUUUAAGAUAAAAAUCUUUCCCAGUACAAACCCCUUUUCAUCUGCCACGACCCUCCAGGCAUUUAGCAAUAAAUUUAUCAGAGGCAACUAAGGUAAAGAUUGAAGUAAUAGUGUACUCAACAUGCAUGUAAAAAGGUAUUGCUGAAUGUUAUACAUGUACACUACUAUUUCUCCAUUUCUAAUAAUCUCUAGUUGAAGAGUUCACACGAAAACGCUCACUAUUGUGGGCUUAUGUCCCCUUCUAUUUGGAGGGGACAUUUUUUUUUUAUUGGGGGCAUGAGAUUUUGUUUCAAACAUGUAAGACCAAAAAACAUAGUAAAUCAGUUAGUCAUUAAGUGAAGUUUUACCUAAGAGUAGAUUUUCUUAAAAGCUGUAUUAACAGACUGUUUUUCAAAGAAUGAUUAUAUACUGGUACUCAGUUCAAAAUAGAAAAAUGCCAAUAAAAUUAUUUAUUAUUAUGUCAGAUUAUGACCUCAUCCUCCACAUCUGUUGUGUUAGCCACUAAAAUUUUAAUAUUACAAAGCCUUCACACAUGUUAAGUGACAGUGGGUCGAUAGUGGGUUUUAUGACUUCUUCUUCAGAAAAAAAAGGAAGCAAAAUAAAACUAUUGAGACUGUUGUUGCUCAAGUCUUAAUAGUUGUAUUUUCUCUCAGUUUUCAAAAAUUAAAUGAUGCAAUCUGUACCAUAACUAAAAAUAGAAAUCAUUUUAUUGAACAACAUGCCUAGAAAAAGAAAAUUUUCUCAACAAAAGUGGAAAGAAUAACCACCAUUCAGUGGAAAAUCAGA